AUGGCUCCCAUCAAGGUCGGCAUCAACGGUUUCGGUCGUAUCGGCCGUAUCGUCUUCCGCAACGCCGUCGAGCACCCCGACAUCGAGGUUGUUGCUGUCAACGAUCCUUUCAUUGAGCCUCACUACGCCGUCUACAUGCUCAAGUACGACUCUUCCCACGGUAUCUUCAAGGGUGAGGUCGGCAACGAUGGUAACGACCUUGUCGUCAACGGCAAGACUGUCAAGUUCUACUCUGAGCGCGACCCCGCCAACAUCAAGUGGUCCGAGACCGGCGCCGACUACGUCGUCGAGUCUACUGGUGUCUUCACCACCAUUGACAAGGCCAAGGCCCAUCUUGCUGGUGGUGCCAAGAAGGUCAUCAUCUCUGCCCCCUCCGCCGACGCUCCCAUGUACGUCGUCGGUGUCAAUGAGAACAAGUACGACGGCUCUGCCGACAUCAUCUCCAACGCCUCUUGCACCACCAACUGCCUGGCUCCCCUCGCCAAGGUCAUCAACGACAAGUUUGGUAUCGUUGAGGGUCUCAUGACCACUGUCCACUCCUACACUGCUACCCAGAAGACCGUCGAUGGUCCCUCCGCCAAGGACUGGCGAGGUGGCCGUGGCGCUGCCCAGAACAUCAUCCCCUCCAGCACUGGUGCCGCCAAGGCUGUCGGCAAGGUCAUUCCUGAGCUCAACGGCAAGCUCACUGGCAUGUCCAUGCGUGUCCCUACCGCCAACGUUUCCGUUGUCGAUCUUACUGUCCGCCUUGAGAAGGGUGCUUCUUACGACCAGAUCAAGAAGGUCAUCAAGGAGGCCUCUGAGGGUGACCUCAAGGGCGUUCUGGCCUACACUGAGGACGAUGUUGUCUCCUCCGAUCUCAACGGCAACACAAACUCCUCCAUCUUCGAUGCCAAGGCCGGUAUCUCUCUCAACGACAACUUCGUCAAGCUGGUCUCCUGGUACGACAACGAGUGGGGUUACUCCCGCCGUGUCCUCGACCUCCUGGCCCACGUUGCCAAGGUCGAUGCCUCCAAGUAA